AUGGCAUUUUUCAAAAGUUUUCAGCAGAGUCUGCCCUCAGUGUCCUCCCUCGUGGACACAAUCAGCAGUGCCGUGGAAGAUCUGAGCGCCGCAGUUGGGGAAGUUGGCUGUGCUUUCAGUGACUCAGUGACUGAGCAGGUAACAAGCAUGAUAAAUGGCUUGCGCCCGGAAGAGCAGAGUUCAGCAGCAGCGGAAGCUGUAGACACUUGCACACCAAGCAAUGCUGUGUUACCAGAAGUCUACACAAAUGCUCAUAGUCAGAAAACACAAUCCACUUUAGAGCACAGAACUCUAGUAGAUUGUUCUAGUACUUCAGCUUCACAAAAACAAGAUCAAGGAAUGCAUGAAGAAGGGGUGUUUGAACGUGUUAAUGAUAGGCAACAGACUCUGUCAGGAUGUCAGGAAACAGGUGCUGCUGGUGCCACUCUGAAAGGACACAAGAGUAAUGGUGGGAUACCAGUUUUCAAGCAGAAUACAAAGGCUAGAUCUCCUUGUCAAGAACAAGAAAUUACUGGCAUAUGGAAAAAAAGUGGAUUAGGAAUCUCUAGUAAUGGUGAGAAUGAUUUAAAAGAGGUAGGAUAUCAUGGAAUAAAAGGAAAUCAGAAUACCAUGAGUAGAACAAACUCACUGUAUGAGCAAAAGCAAUACAUUGCUGCACAUAAUAAUAAAGUAGAAGAAUAUGCUAAAUCUCAGCCUGUCUCUUUGGGAAGAGACCAAGAGAAAAUGGGACAUUGGAGUAAAAAUAAACAUCCUAUUGAUUUAGAGCAUUCUGAUACUUUAAAGAAAGUUGAAAAGCACAAUAAGAAUAAAGGAUUCAAAGGGAAUGAGUGUUUGGGAAAUGAAUGUUCUCUGCAAGAUACUUUGACAAGCAGUAGACAUGUGAUACAGAAACCCAUCAUGAAGGAAAACGUACAUCCAGCACCUUCAAUCAGUUCUAAAGAGAAGUUACCGGAAAAAAUCAAAGAACAAAUAAAUCCAACGAAAUACUUCAAGCUGAAAGGAGACCUAAAACCAAAGAAAAAUGAAGCUGUUUCUGCCAAGAAGGGAACAAAGAGUAAAAAUGAAAAAUAUUGUAAUAUAAUACCAGAAAAAGAUAAUUCCUACCUGGACAAAGAUGAACAUGGUUCAUCCUCUGAAAGUGAAGAUGAAGCACUGGGUAAAUAUCAUGAGGCCUUAUCCAGAACACACAAUUCUCGACUGCCACUGGCAGAUUCUAGACAGAAGAACUAUGCUUGGGAAACAAGACAGAAAUACAGUCCUCUGUCUGCAGAAUAUGAUGGCUACAGUAGUGAAGCAUCAAUAGAUGAAGGAAACUGCAUUCAGAGAAUGAGAAGAACACCCCCACUGGAUGAAUUGCAGCCACCACCGUAUCAGGAUGACAGUGGUUCUCCCCAUCUCUCAUGUACACCCUCAGAAAUCGGAGACAGUAAAUGUGAAUUUUCCCACUGCAGCAACAGCCCGAGAUGUUCCUAUAACAAGUGCCCAAGUGAAGGAAGCACAGGUCAUGAAAUAGAAAGUUUUCAUAAUAAAGGAUAUGAAGAAGAUGUUCCAAGUGACAGCACUGCAGUCCUGAGCCCUGAAGAUCUGUCAGCUCAAGGAUCAUCUUCACAGCUUCCUAAGCCUUUUGAUCCUGAGCCAGAAGCUAAAUAUGGCACACUGGAUGUGACUUUUGACUAUGACUCACAAGAACAGAAGCUUCUGGUAACAGUGACAGCUGUCACAGACAUCCCAACAUAUAACAGGACAGGUGGCAACUCAUGGCAAGUACACCUUGUUCUUCUACCUAUAAAGAAACAGAGAGCAAAAACCAGCAUCCAGAGAGGACCAUGCCCUGUCUUCACAGAAACAUUCAAAUUUAAUCAUGUUGAAUCUGAGAUGAUUGGAAAUUAUGCAGUUCGGUUUAGACUCUAUGGUGUGCAUCGCAUGAAAAAAGAAAAGAUUGUGGGGGAAAAGAUUUUUUAUUUAACAAAAUUGAAUCUUCAAGGCAAAAUGUCAUUACCUGUGAUACUGGAACCUUCUUACAAUCAUUCUGGCUGUGACUCCCAGGUGAGUGUGUCGGAAGCGUCUUGCAGCGAGAGCGCCUCCUCCUGCCAGUCUCUGGAACACGGCUCAGUGCCCGAGAUCCUCAUCGGCCUGCUCUACAAUGCCACGACUGGAAGGUUAUCAGCAGAAGUGAUAAAAGGCAGCCACUUCAAAAACCUGGCAGCGAACAGACCACCCAAUACAUAUGUUAAGUUAACUCUGCUGAAUUCCAUGGGUCAAGAGAUGUCCAAAUGCAAGACAUCCAUCCGCAGAGGGCAGCCAAACCCAGUGUACAAGGAAACGUUUGUUUUCCAAGUGGCCCUAUUUCAGCUUUCUGAUGUGACACUCAUACUGUCCGUGUAUAACAAACGCAGCAUGAAAAGAAAAGAGAUGAUAGGCUGGAUUUCUUUAGGUCUGAACAGCUCUGGAGAAGAGGAACUCAAUCACUGGACUGAGAUGAAAGAGUCCAAAGGACAGCAAGUAUGUAGGUGGCAUGCGUUGCUAGAGUCGUGAUGAUAGUUCCCAGGAGUGGUCGCAAUCCAAGGCAGCGUUAUUUCUGAUCACAACACACCGCUUUUACCUAAUCGCCAUUAGAAGAGCUGUACUUUGAAGAGGCGUGCUCAACAUUCUACCAAAAUGCUUUAAAUUCGAUGGGAAGAACAUCUAAAACUGACAGUAAUGAA